CCAAAGCCCUCCUUAAAACCUCCGCCCAAAAAAGAGAGUAGUAGCAAGUACGGCGAUUUGUUCAACCUCAAAAAGAUACCGAAACUUACAUCACCUGCAACGCCUCUCAUUUCUAUAACUACUCAUUACUAGCUUCAUUACUCUUCUAUUCACUCCAAAUCUCACCCACAUUACUCUCCCUCUCUCUCUCUCUACAAGCCGAAGGUUUAUUGCUUCUCUCUCUUGAUAAUGGCUCAGGUGGUGGCCACGCGGUCGAUUCAGAGCGCCUUUGCAUGCCCUAGCUCCGGAUCGGGACAAGACCUGAUUGAGAAGCUAAAGCCUUCGAGCCUCGCCUCCAAACUGUUCUUCAAUGUUCAGAAGAAGAGGUGCAAUAAUGUCGUUUAUUGUAAGAGAUCUCAAAUCAGUGCCAAGAGAUCUGCACAAGCUGAAGUUGUUCCCGUUUCUCCUGAGGAUGUGCCCAAGGUAGAGGAGCGAAUUGAAAAAUUGCAUGAGUUACAACAUCUUGGUGAUACAUCAGUGGCUGUGUGGUCUAAGCCAACAGUCAGACGCAAGACUAAGAUUGUUUGCACAAUUGGACCUUCAACGAACACGAAGGAGAUGAUUUGGAAGCUGGCUGAGUCGGGAAUGAACGUUGCUAGAAUGAAUAUGUCACAUGGAGAUCAUGCUUCUCAUAAGAAAGUUAUUGAUUUGGUUAAGGAAUAUAAUGCGCAAAACAAGGACAAUGUCAUUGCAAUCAUGCUUGAUACAAAGGGCCCAGAGGUUAGGAGUGGGGAUUUGCCACAACCUAUUAACUUAGAACCUGGGCAAGAAUUUACUUUCACAAUUCAGAGAGGAGUUGGAACAGCGGAUUGUGUUAGCGUGAAUUAUGAUGAUUUCGUUAACGAUGUAGCAGUGGGCGACAUGCUUCUAGUUGAUGGCGGGAUGAUGUCCUUUUUGGUGACGUCCAAAACAAAAGAUUCAGUAAAAUGUGAGGUUGUUGAUGGAGGAGAACUUAAGUCUAGGCGACAUUUGAAUGUUAGAGGGAAAAGUGCAACAUUGCCUUCCAUCACAGAAAAGGACUGGGAAGAUAUCAAAUUUGGAGUCGACAACCAAGUUGACUUUUAUGCUGUCUCCUUUGUUAAAUCUGAAGAAGUUGUUCAUGAAUUGAAGAAUUAUUUGAAAAGCUGCAAUGCAGAUAUACACGUUAUUGUAAAAAUUGAAAGUGCAGACUCCAUCCCAAAUUUGCAUUCUAUCAUUACCGCAUCUGAUGGGGCAAUGGUUGCUAGAGGAGAUUUGGGUGCAGAGCUUCCUAUUGAGGAGGUUCCUCUUUUGCAGGAAGAGAUAAUCAGGAUCUGCCGUAGCAUGGGGAAAGCUGUCAUUGUCGCAACAAAUAUGCUUGAAAGCAUGAUUGUUCACCCUACCCCAACCAGGGCAGAGGUGUCAGACAUUGCGAUUGCUGUUCGAGAGGGUGCUGAUGCAGUCAUGCUUUCUGGGGAAACUGCUCAUGGAAAGUUCCCGCUGAAAGCUGCAAAAGUUAUGCACACAGUUGCAUUGCGGACUGAAGCAACCAUACCAGGUGGUACAAUGCCAGCUAAUCUUGGUCAAGCUUUCAAGAACCAUAUGAGCGAGAUGUUUGCCUACCAUGCAACUAUGAUGUCUAACACUCUCGGCACCUCAAUUGUUGUCUUUACAAGAAGUGGUUUCAUGGCUAUUCUAUUGAGCCAUUAUAGACCUACUGGCACCAUAUUUGCCUUUACAAAUGAUAAGAGAAUACAAGAGAGACUGGCUUUGUACCAGGGUGUGUGUCCGAUACACUUGGAGUUCUCGGAUGAUGCUGAAGAGACAUUUGGAAAGGCAUUGUCCUUGCUGCGGGACCAAGGAAUGGUUAGGGAAGGAGAAGAGGUGGCACUUGUUCAAAGUGGCAGACAACCCAUCUGGCGGUUUCAAUCUACUCACAACAUUCAGGUGAGGAAAGUCUUGUAAUCUCUGCUGAUGGUGGGAGAAUCGACGCAAGUUGAAAGUGUCUAAAGUUAGAGAACUCUGUUAUUUCUAGUACGAGUGGUUUUGAGUAUUGGCUUGCUUGUCUGUUCGUUUACUUGAAAGAUUCCAUCUGCUCUAAGUGCCCCUUAUCCUUGCUCCACUCCAUUAGUCUUCCUCUUUGUUUUUUAUUUAAAAAUAUUGUAUGUUUAUUUCAAGUUAAGAAUAUAGCACGGUUGGUGCUGUUUUUGUUUAUUAUUGUUUGGCAUUUUGAAUCAAAACAAUUCUAGUUGAGUGUUGUUUAGUAUAUCCUUUGUCGAAUAUACUAUUUAUUUGCCUCGUCUUACAAGAAUGAGAUUGUAAGCCCGUGAUAA